AUGGGUAAACUUGUGAAUCCUUAUGUCUAUGUUCUUGAUCCACAAGUUGUUAUCCAGCAGCAGGCGAAUCAAAAAGGAUUGGUUGUGAUAGAAGGAAAACUCACGAAACCAUUCACAAAUACUCAUCUAAAGCUCUCAAUCAAGUAUCAGGAUAAUCAAGGAAAUUGGAUAACAAGCUGGUGUAAGACACUCUAUUCUUACAAUCAAUACAAUGAAAAUGUAAGAGCUGCAUUUGAACUACCUGCAUCUGUCUCAAGUUCUUACAAUGUAAAGAUCGAACUAAGCUCUCCUACUGACUUUACAAACUUCGACAGUAUUGUUUGGGAUAAAACUGUCAGUCAUUACAAAUUCGGUUCUUAUACAGCAGUUAAUUGUGAUCUGGAUGAAAAUGAAUACACAAUAUUGUUGACUCCUAAAAAGGAAGAAACUUUAAAUACUGAUGCACACGGACUGGUUACCGGAGUUAAAGACAGAGUAACUUCUGCACAUUUUUGGAAUAGACUGAAUACAGGCUAUUCAUUGGAUAACAAGAAGGAUGAUGUUAUUUUUUCUCUUAAAACUCCUGCAGAAUUAUUUACCGAUACUAAUGGUGCAAAAUCCAUAAGAAUGAUAAAUGAAGGUGCAACAAGUGAUAUAUUAGGCUCUACUCCUGAAUCUAUCUAUAAUGUUGGUCCAACACAUCCAAUUCCAUAUUUAUACAGCUAUGAAGAUCCUGUAUAUAUGUUUGCAGGAAAAUUUUCAAUAAAUGGAUUUUUUAUCAAAUUUAGUCAGUGGCCUGGUGAACCGAACGGUCCCGGAUAUCAUGACUUUAAAAAUCCUAACAAACUCCGAAGCAGAUAUUUCAAUUUAUAUAAUACUAUGAAUGAAAAAUUAUCAGAUUUUAUUAGCGAUCAGGAACCUGUAGUAUUCGUAUCAAGUAUGACUACAGGCUUCAGAGUUUAUAAACAUGAUGGAACUUUUACAAAUCUAACAGGAUCAAGUAAUUAUGGACAAUUAUAUUUUGGAUAUACUAAUAGUCGUGGUAGUCGCAGAGGUCCGGGAUCGGAAAAUCUUAUUAUUUCACAUACUUCUCAAAUGACACUAUAUGGUAUGGGUGCAUUACGAAAUGAUUUCGCAAACAUUAUCGGCUAUUCAUCAAUCCGGUCUAUGGAAGAUAUUGAAAAAGAAAUCUUUAAGUUCAUUAAAUAUACUGGGAUUUUUGGAAACUCUACAGCGUAUGACGAUACUUCGGAAUAUGUUUCCCAAUGUUUUACAACAAAUCCUGAAGCUAUUUCAGAUUAUGUCGUAGUAGAUUGGACAAAAGCACCGAAUAGUUAUAUUUUCACAGGAAAAGAUAAAAAUGGAAAUGAUGUAGAUGGACUUUACAUUCCUGUAAAGAAAGCUUAUGAAAUGUGGUCUAAAGGUGGUGAAUUCAUGAAAGACGAAAACGGAAAUUACACUUCUAUUCCAUCUGGUACUGCUACAGGUGGUUUGUAUUGGGAGGAUGAACCCGGAUUGAUCAAAUCUAUUGCUUUAGAAGGCACAGGUGAAAAUGCUAAAAUUAAAGUUCUAGUGAAUAAACUAAAAGAAGGAAAUGCUGUAGUAUCUUAUCGAGUAAAUAAUAAAAUUUACUGGACUUGGCACGUUUGGGUAACAGAUGAUCCAACUGUGAAUGGUAGUACUUAUCGUUUAGGUUUUGAGAAAGAUAAAAAUGGAAAUCUUGUUACAGACUGGAAAUGGAUGGAUAGAAAUCUUGGAGCAACAAACUCAAACUUUCUAGGUAAUGAUUGGCAUAAAUCUCAAGGGUUACAAUAUCAAUGGGGAAGAAAAGAUCCUUUUCCUAAUCUUGGACAUAAAGAUGGAACGAUGUAUGAGAUUUCUGGAGAAAUUGGUAAUAUUAGACAUUCAGGAGCUGUUUAUAAAACAGGAUCAACUUCUUCAUUACCAAUAAAGUACAGAGGAAACUUAUAUCCACAAGACAAUACGGGAUAUGACACUCCAAACGGAAAUAUUCGUUAUUCUGUUCAAAAUCCAAUCCACAUGAUCAUUCCGCCACUCUAUGUCAAGAGAUCUAAUGAAACGGUGAUUAAUAACGGUGAAAAUAUGUUUGUUCAAAAGAAUGAUAAGUCGUGGUAUCAUCAAAUGCGAACAACAUGGUUCUCUAAACAGAAAUACAGAAAUGAUUUCAACAGUGCCGAUCCUUCACAGAAUGUUGCAUGGGAUCUUUGGGGUGACACUCGUGGUGGCAAGAUAAGUGAUUUAAACAACGCUCAAUUAGCUGAAGAAAGUAAGCGCUAUGCAAUGAAAUCUCCGUAUGAUCCUUGCCCAGGUAACUGGAGAGUACCAUCUUACUAUGAUAAUAUUGGCAGUCAUACCAAUGACAAUAAUGCUUCACCUUGGGGAAGAAUUGGAGGAGCGAAUGAUGUCGAUACUUUUACUUCUAAUCUUUCAACAUCAAGUACAAGAUUUCCUGGAAUUAAAAUAUAUCCUGGUUUAGGAUAUGAUUUCACAGGCGUUGUAAAUCGUAAUUUAGGAUUAAUUCCAAUUAAUGGAAACUAUGAAUAUUAUCCUAAUUAUGUUACAAUUAACAGUAUAAAAACUUCAGGAUUAGUAACACCUAAGAUGGUGUAUCAAGAUGGUUCAUCUGAUGGUGCAUUAGGUUCUUCUACUUUCUCAGUCGGUGCAGCUGGAGGCGGACCUUGGUAUGGACCAAGAGGAUUAGGUUAUGUUUCAGAUCCAGGAAACGUUAAGGAAACGGCCAAUAAUUUUGGCUGGUAUACUAUAAACUCUCUUUCACACGAUGGAAACACACACGAAACAAGCGGAAUCAGAUGUAUCAAAGACCCGAAUAACGCUUAUAUGCCAACUGCUUUUGAAACAGAAUUCAUUGGCAGUCCAACUGAAGAAUACGCGUUUUCUACUAUAAUUAACUGGAUGAAAGAACCAAACAGCUAUAUAGAGUAUACUAACAGCUCUUUGCCUACACAAAAUCCAACAGAUAAAGACCGUGUUAUUGAAAUUCCCUUGCGUAAAGCUUAUGCAAUGUAUAAAUUACAUUUAAGUACAACAGAUGAAUAUCCUCAAGGCAGUGUCAAAUCGAGCUCUGUAGUAUGGACUACCAAUACAGAUUUAAUCCAAAAUAUGCAAAUAAUCGAUGGAACUAAGGAAACGGCUAAACUAAAAGUUACUUUAAAUGAAAAUCAAUUUGGUAAUGCUGUUGUUGCUUUCCAUUUAGGAAACUCCGGUCAGUGGUCAAAUGGUGAAAUGCAAGAUCCUAUUAUUUGGAGUUGGCAUAUAUGGGCUCCUGAAACAAUAGUUGGUUCAGUAGAUUAUGAAACUGAAACUUUAGAAAAUGGAGGUAUUAUAAAUGUUACCAAUUCAGCUUUUGUAAAUCCUGUACGAAGUAUUGGGGUUCCGUUGAAAACCACCUUUAUGGACAGAGAUCUAGGAGCUUUAAUGAUAUUCCCAGUAGAAGCUGCAGGUGGUAGUGCAUCAGAAAAAUAUAGCUAUGUUCCUCAGAUUAGUAAAAGUGGAGGUCUGCAUUUUCAAUGGGGAAGAAAGGAUCCUUUGCCUGUGUUCUUCAAUGCUGGAGGCAAUUAUUAUUUUGGAAGUGCAACAUCGGGUAUUUAUAGGAAUAUGAACAAAUAUACAAUCCGUACUCAGAGCGGACCGAUAAGUAAUGGAAUAAUUCCUUAUUCAGGAGUUAUUGACAAUGAUAAUUAUAUGGAUAAUUACUCGAAAGAAUUUUCAACCGACUAUUCUUCAAUACUUUUAUCUACAGAUUCAAAAAAAGACAAAAUUAAGAAAGUAUUAAUAUAUUCUGUGAACAAUCCGUUAUACUUCUUAUAUCAAAAUCCUUCCAAUGAAACAAAUCAGUUUAAAAAAGUUCGUGACUGGGUAUCUGAUGAAAACGGGCAGUUUACAGACAGAUGGGGACACGGCACAGAAAAAUCACCUUUCGAUCCAUGUCCUGAAGGCUGGAGAAUCCCUGAUACUUUCGGUUCCAGUGUGCAUUCUAUAUUACCUCAGCUAAAUAAUUUUUAUUCUUACUGGCCAUUCUCUAGUGGAAGCAAUCCUUGGUAUUAUAAUGGUUAUCAAGCUUCUGGUUCAGGUAAAUACGGACUUUUCCCAUCAGGUGUGUACCAUGCUAAGAGAGAUGCUUAUUCUCCUGCCAAUCAGUUUUUUCCGGGAAGCAAAGCUUCAAUCUCAAACUAUCCUGCAACCAGAUUUGGAUUUGUUUUCAACAAUAACAGAUACAAAAUUGGUAACUAUGCCAACAAUGGUAUUAGAGGCUUCGAAGGAGGAAAAGAUCUAACUAUGAUUACAAUUGAUGGACCUCAUCGAUUAAGAUUUUAUAUGUCAGGAGCUUGGACUGCAUCACCUACUGAUGUUUAUUCUGGAACAGCGAUAGGAUUACAUUUCAACAUAGAAUCGUCAGCUGAGUUUAAUAUGCAAACAGGAUAUCCUUAUUAUCCACAAGCAGCAAUGUCUUGUCGUUGUGCAAAAAUCAAUUAUGAUAGAAAUGGAAAUGAAAUAGGACGAUACGAUCCUGUCACUACGACAACAAACUCGUAA